AGCAGCUCCAUGGAUAAAACCCAAAAGAAAAAAGGAAGCUUCUUCUACUCUGUGCCACUGCUCUCAUAUUUAACACCACGAGAAUGAGAGCGCCUCUUUGCUGCUGUGGAUCGUCCGCCAUUUCCUUGCCCUCCUUCUUCCUCCCCAGUCCGUUCCCCAGAAACCCUAGUCCUCGCCCCGCCCGAUCCCUUUCCGUCUCCACUGCCGAGCCCCAGGCCUCCGAGGAGGCCUCCGCCCAGCCCCUCCACCGCCGCCGCCUUAUCCUCCUCCGUCACGCAGAGAGCGCUCUCGGGGACCGCUUCACGAAAGGUAGGGAUCAUGGUCGCCCAUUGAGUAAACUUGGGCGGACUGAUGCGAUCAGUGUGUCUUACAAGCUUCAGCAGAUGGGAUGGAUACCUGAGCUUAUUCUAUCCAGCAAUGCCACUCGAACAAAGGAAACUCUGCAAAUCAUGCAAGAACAUGCACAGGGGUUUUCUGAAGCAGAGGUAUAUUUUAUACCAAGCUUCUACUCUGUUGCAGCAAUGGAUGGCCAGACUGCUGAACACCUUCAGAAGGCUAUCUGUGAGUAUUCAAGGGAUGAAAUCCUCACUGUGAUGUGCAUGGGACAUAAUAGGGGUUGGGAGGAAGCGGCCUCAAUGUUUUCUGGUGCUACAGUAGAAUUGAAGACUUCCAAUGCUGCCUUGCUUGAAGCUACUGGGAAAUCAUGGGAUGAGUAUGGUCCCCCUUGCACGAUUUGACUUGAUGGAUUGUGAAAGCGGUGCAGCAUAGGCCUUCACUUUGGCUGGCCUUGGAGGUUGGAAGCUCUGUGGAGUUGUGAAGCCUGAUUCCACAUUGUGAGAUGUUCCUCAAUUUUGAUUAGCGAGCUUUCUUUGCUUUUUGACUUGUAUUUGUGGAGAACAGAUUAUAGCUUUGCACAAGUCUUCAUCUGAGGCUGCCGGCUUAUCUUACAAAUACUUAUGUUGGUGAAUGAUGAGGUGUAUAUAAUGAUGCCCAAGUUAGUCUCUUCCACUUUUGAAAGAUGAGGCAUAUGCAAGUAUAUCCAAGUUGGAGUCAGUUCCGAUGUGUUGUUUGGAGCUGUGCACUUAAUAGAAGAAAUUCCUGACUUCUUCACUAGAGCUAAAAUAUUUCGAGUCCAAGAAAGAGAAGCAAAUUUUCAGCCAUGCCCUCGUAGAAUUUGCUGUUAAUAUGAAACGGAGGUUAUUGUGUGCUUCGGUUGCUUCCUACUCUAAUGAUUCUCCCAUGAUAUUGCUAUCGAAUUGUUGUUUCACUGAUCAUAGUCUAGAUAUCUGAAUGUUUGAUCAUAGUGUGAAAUCAAGCUUGGACUGUUUAUUCUGAACCAUUUCACACUUGAGUAAUUGAGUUAUGAAUUUGAAACUGAAUACGCAUCUAUAGUAACCUUUUUGGUGGAUUUUAUAA